CAAAAAAGAGAAGUGGCCACAGGGGGGAUUCAGAGGGAACAAGGUGGCAGGAAAAGCUGGAGCCUAAUUGAUUUGACGUCCCCAACACCACUGCUAGUAACAAUAAUAAUUAUUUGCAAGCUCUGGCUGAGGGAAGCAGUGGAGAAGAGAGGAAGCAGCCGCGAAUCAUGGCCCCCAAGCAUGGCAGCCAGCAGCAGCCAUGUGGCUGACACCGAGGGUAAAUUCCUGGAUAAUGCCAGCGGGUUACAUCCUUUCCAGACUCUAGAAUUGGACCUCCUCAGCACCUCGUGUUUCAUCUUCAGGUGGACUCUCGUGGCACCCUCUCUACAUGUCCCUUCACCUUGCCAUCCAGGCCUCCUUACAACCAGCAGUCAGGUGACCCUUCCUUUCCCUUUGAAGAUCCCCAGCAAUCACCCGGAAUUUUUCCAUCUGCCUGCUCGCCAGCAACGGGGACUCAGAGAUGUCUGUCUUUGACCUUUGGAAAUUGAAAGAUGGCUUCGGUCAGGCGCAUUCGGACAGAUGAGAAGCAAAGCAAACAUGAUGGAGAAGCUGAAGAAUUCCCAGUCUCCUGUUGAUCCUGAGCAGCAAAACCUUCCACCAGCUGUUUCCCCAACCCCUCAUCCUUCCCCAGCUGGUGGGGGGGAUGAUGUAGAGGCCACCCAACCCCCCACCAGCCCCACCUCUUCCUCACCUCAAACAAAGGGGAGCCCUCCCGCUGAGCUUCCCCAAGCAGCACUGCCCCCCAAUGUCCCUGUCAUCAGCCUGGGCUACAGCAAGCCCCCAACUCCUGUUGAGGUCCCCACAACCCAACUCACUGCCCUACACCCCAUUCCCAACUUCUUACAGUUCUCAGGUCUGCCACCCGGACCCCCUCCACCAUCCUUGCCUCUGGCUGGAGUAAGGAGUCCACUUUUAGCCCCACAAUAUCAGCCUCAUCCCUUUCUCAACAACAUCUACCUAGGCAACUCUGGGACUUUUGGCCUCUUCCCCAACAACCGCCUCAAGCGGAGACCAAGCCAUUAUGAGCAAGACAUUACUGAAGGUCUUCAACCCCAGAAAGUGGCACGCCGGGUCUUCACCAAUAGCCGGGAACGGUGGCGUCAACAGAAUGUGAAUGGUGCCUUUGCUGAGCUUCGGAAACUCAUUCCCACCCACCCACCUGACAAGAAGUUGAGUAAGAAUGAGAUUCUUCGCUUGGCUAUGAAAUAUAUCAAUUUCCUGGUCAAGCUACUGAGUGACCAGGCCAGGCUGGCUGGAGGGGAGACUGCUGAGACAGACAGCCCCUGCAAUGGCACCCCCAGGACUCCAUCACCAUCAGCACCCAUAAAAUUGGAACAGUUGACCGUCGAGUCAAUGACUGUGUUGGAGGCAGGAGAACCACGGUGAUGUCUAGCAGUAACAGACCACCAUCACCACCCCAUCCUGUGCAUCUGCAGUGCUGCACAUGUGGAUCAAGCUAGCAUCAAUGAAAACUCCUUGGCCUGCAUAUCUGUUCUGAGAAGACACCCCCCCCUUGGGUCCAUCACCCAUGGAAUGGGCUGCCAUAGUAGGGUUAUACUGACUUUAUACUUAAGACUUAAUUUGAACCCAGGAGUCCAAAAAGAGAGGGAGAGGGUGCCGGAGUCCCUUUGAUUGAGACAUCCAUUCAUGCCCAAUGGAAGCCUCAAAAAGUGGGGACUCUGGGGAGAGAUGAGGAAUGAAGUUUUAUGUACAAUUCCCCGGUUCGGUUUGUUUCAGGGCAGCAGGGAACUGCUUGAGCAAGUAGCUCUAUAUGGUGUCUGGUUUACAUAAGACACCCUCUUGCUCUUGUUGGCUGUGAGAGGAAGACCUUGACGUCGGGCAACACCUUGGCUGGGAAGGGGUGCUCUGGAGUUUCAUUUUUACUGUUUGCUGAUCAAUGCUUCUGAUUUUUAGCCUUAACACUGCUCCCGCCCACAAAUCUAAACCUCAUUUUUGUUGGGCCCCACAUAAAAUAUUUGAGCCUGUAUAAAAGAGCAAAAGGAUGUAAAGAAAGGUGGCAAGGUUUAGAGGUUGAGCUUCUAGGCCCAGCCUACUUUCCACCUUCUUGUCAGAAAGGGGCUCUGGCUAGGCUAUCUUGGUAACACCUUUCUGGAUGGGAAAAGAGCUGCUGAAGGAUUUCGAGCACUGGCUCAAUGACUUGGAAGGCAAGGGCCACACAACUGUACAGACUGUUCCGUGCAUCUGCCGUGCUUUGCCUCUUUGGGGGUUCAGUAGCUCAUUUAGGGCUACAGGCAGUGGCUUGUGUGAGGAAAGGGGGGCACCCAAUCUCAUUCAAGGGGAGGGGGCAAGGCUAGAGCUCUUCUUUUUGACAGGCUGAUUUUCCUGCAUGCCACAA